AAGUCGGAUUAAGCCCAAAUUUCAUAUACGAGCUUUCUGCAGCGAGAUCAUCAACAGCAGCAGUAGAUAAGUGUUAGGUGGGAGAGGAGCUAGAGUUGAAGCCAAGAUGAGGUAUGGUCUUCAACUAUUCUGUGCUUGGACGACUACUUGGGAUUUUGGCCAGUGAUCCACACCUUUUUAUUAAAAUGUUUUGAGAACGU